GGUCUUCCGUCUGCUCUAAAGGAUUUCGAGCUGAAUUCACCAUCACACUCGAGACACACACGCACACACACCUGCUGUGGAUAUGCCGUUCUCUGUUGUGCUGGAUGGACACGCACCGUGGGGCUUUCGACUUAUUGGAGGACGGGACUUCAGCCAACCCCUCACCGUCGCCAAAAUAUCACCAGGAAGUACAGCUUCCAGAGUGAACCUCUCUCCUGGAGACAUCAUCUUAGCGAUAGAUGGAGUUUCUGCAGAAAACAUGAUGCACUCUGAGGCUCAGAAUCUAAUCAAGGAUGCCACCUACCAGAUCACACUUACCGUAGAGAGACCAGAGACUAAGCUGUGGUCACCAAAUGUCACUGAACAAAACAAAAGCCAUCCAUUUAAAAUUAACCUAGAGGCAGAGAGACAAGAGUACAGACCAACAGGAACAGGCCAUAAUCAAAAGGCUUCACCCUUUGUGGCCGCAGCCAACAUCGAUGAAACACGUCAGGUGGUGAGCCCAACCUACAACUCCCCUAUUGGCCUUUACUCUUCAGGCAAUAUCCAGGACGCCUUACAAGGGCAACUCAAGGGCCUCAUCCAUAGCAAACCAGAAAGUCCCAGGAAACUUAACAAUAUAGAGGAGUCCGAAGUAUAUCGGAUGCUGCAAAGAGAUCAAGAUGAGGAUGAACCCCAUGAACCGCGACAGUCGGGAUCCUUUAAAGCAUUACAGAGCUUUAUCGACAGUGAGGGUACACGUCCAUUAGUGACAAGGAAAGUCCGUGCCCCUAGGACCAAGUCAUCUGCUCCUGUGGGGAACUUGCACAAGCUACCAAUGUGUGAUAAGUGUGGUAACGGCAUAAUUGGGACGGUUGUGAAGGUUCAGGAUAAGUUUCGUCAUCCGGACUGUUUUGUGUGCGCUGAAUGUGAAGAAAACCUAAAGCAGAAAGGAUAUUACUUUAUAGAUGAUGAGCUAUACUGUGAAACCCACGCUCAUGCCAGGGCAAAACCUCCUGAGAGUGCAGACCUUUGACCUUCUCUUUGUUCUUUUGAUUACAUGAGGGCACAAACUACAAGUCAGCUACUCAGUGCAUGAACAUCUUGUUUUAACCACAGGCAUAAAGUUUUACCACAAUUCAUGCACAAUCAUGUCAACCAGAUACUGAAAGACACAUUUAUGGAUAGUGCAUUGUUGUGUCAUGUGUGCUGGGAUGCAGUAUUUUGCACUUUAUAGGAAUAGGAUGUGUUGACUGAAAUAUGUUUGUAUGAAUAAAGGUUUUGUUUUUGGAGAAUCAUAAUAUCUCUUAUCAGGUGUGUUUGAGCAG